AAUGCGUUACUGAAGUGUUAGAAGCUAUCGAACCCGAAAUUUCACAUCUGACCGAAAGGAACAAUGCUAUUUCUUCCAUGAACCAGCUUCUUUUGACGUUGAGAUUCUACGCUACUGGUAGCCACUUAAUAUCAGCAGGUGGAAAUGAUGCAGAAUACUUCAGAAAUCAAAAAAGUUACUUUUCGAUUAAUGUCCAAGCGAUUUGUAACGCUAACUUGCAAAUAACGGACCUUGCAGCUCGUUGGCAAGGAUCGGUGCAUGAUACUACAAUUUUCAACAAUUCCAGGAUACGUGCUCUAUUUGAGGCUGGAAUAUUUGGAGAUGCCUUGCUCUUAGGUGAUGGUGGUCAUCCUGUUCGGUCCUAUUUAAUGACACCUCUACGCAAUACAAGAACUCGUGCGCAGGAACUCUAUAACGAGUCGCUUAUUAAAACACGCAAUACCAUUGAACGCGUGUUUGGAACAUGGAAAAGACGGUUUCCAAUUUUAGCACUGGGUUCUCGAUUUUCUAAAGUUGAAAGAGUAUUACCAGUCAUCGUAGCAACUGCCAUAUUACAUAUCAUUGCCCGGCGUGCUGGAGAUCCAUUACCACCAGAUGAUCCCGCGUUACAGUUGCCGUGGAAAGAAAUUUUGGAACAGGGAAAUGUACCGCUUAUGAAUUAUGCACCUGGUAAUGAUCAUAUGCAGAACAUACUAAUCAACGAUUAUUUCCGCAG